UCAAUGAGAUUUAGUUUUUAUAUACAGCUUGAACGAGAAGGUUUACGAAACGGACCGCGUUAAAGCGGAUCAAUUGAAAGGGUGUUUUUUAAAAAUAUAAAGCUGCUACAUUUACCAACAAAAAUCCAAAUAUAUAAAAUAAUUAAAAAUGGCCAAUACGCCAAGUAUAAAAUUGCAUCUGGAGACAAUCGAUCGCAUUGGGAGUAUACCAUUAAUUGAAACAAGUUUAAAACAGGUAGAACAUCUGUAUGCUAAAGUCAAAAAUAGCAAUCGUCUAUUCAACUGGUAUUUUGAAACUGCAGAAUACACUAUUUUAUCCGCUUAUGAAUCUGUGCAACCAGCGGUAAAACUUUUCGAAGCACCACUCAAACGUCUUGACUCAGUGAUGUGCAAGAGCUUGGAUAUUUUAGAGCAACGUGCCCCCUUGGUGUAUUUACCACCCGAACUGACUAUUAUUAUGGGUUUAAAGAUGUAUUGGAAUACUAAGGAAUACAUGACAGAUCAUUUGGUUAAACCGGUUCUGAAAAGGGCCGAUUCGGUGAAACAAAUCGGCAAUGCAGUGCUGGAGAGUCCCAUAACAACCUAUGCGGCCGAACGUUUAGAUGGUGCUUUGACGGCUGGUGACAAAUUCGUCGAUAAAUAUUUAGUGGCCAUUGAGGGUGAUGGCGAUCAAACUGAUGCACCAAAUGAUGAAGAUAACAAUGUAGAUGCACCGAAUGAAAAAGGCGCCAUCAAGGCAAUUCAUCACGGUCAACGUUUUUCGCGUAAGCUUAAGCGUCGUUUAACCCAACGGACUUUAGCGGAAGCCAGAGCUCUGAAGAAACAAAGUAAAGAAGCGAUACAUAUAUUGAUAUAUGCUGCUGAGUUGAUUGCAACUGAUCCAAAAUUGGCCCUACAAAAAGCAAAAGAACUUUGGGCUUAUUUAAGUCUAGAUGAACCCGAAAAUCAAGCCAGACCGGCAACACUCGAACAGUUAAUUGUUCUACUGACCCGAGAAUCGGUCAGACGUUUGGUACAUGUUGUUAACUUUGGUGCUCAUGUGGCUGCCAAUAUACCCAAAACUGUAUCCCAUACCACAACAGAAGUUGUACACCACAUGCUAUAUUUCAACAAUCGUUUGAUUAGCAUAACAAAAUUGGAUAAAGUAAAAAAUUUGUCGAAAGAAGAAGCCGAGACAUUAAUAAAACGCAUGUUCACUUUCUAUGGCAGCCUACAAAGUCUUUCUAAUGCUUAUUUGGAACGUUUGGCUUCCUUCUUAUCGGGCCGCAUCGAAGCCGAAAAAAUUAGCGGUCAUCGCAGUUCUGCUGCUUCAUCCUCCACAACUUCAUCAGCAAGUCUGCGUUUCGUAGCCCAGGAGAAUAAUACGCCUUCGUCUCACAACAAUAUAAAUGGCGUGUACUGAGAAGUAGAGUUUUUUAUUGCAGUCGUAUUUUUAUUUCUAAUUAUCGAAUUUUAUUUUUGCUUUCAUAUUCGUACUAACUAAAAAAUAAUAAUUUUUCUCUCUUUAAUUUUUACUUCUCCCUAACGUUAUUUUAUUUAAUAUUUUGAAUAUAGAGUAGGCAUAGACACGCAACUUCAUUGUAAAAUUUUGUUACACACAAGUUUAAGAAAUAUUGUGUAGCGCCCAAGUAUCUAUGAUUUUUAGGUCGGAUAAAACCGAUUCUUUCUAACAACGAUUUUAGUUUUAUUGUCGUUUUGUCCAUUUAACCAUUUAAAUUUUACUUGUAUGUCUUUGUUUUUCGUAUGUAAGAACACUAUUGUGAUUUUUAAUAAUGAUGAUGAUAAAUAUAUAAAAUACAUCAAAUAAAGAUUUAAAAAUAUUCUUUCGAAAA